GUUAUGUGUAUCAUGUGAGGUCUAAAGCUGCAGUUUCACAUUCUUUCAUUCCGAUACUAUAUAAGAAGAUCACCUGAACCAUUCACUUUUUCUUUUUUCCUCUCUCAGGACAGUACAUUGUUUAUUUCUAGAUACAGUUACCAUGGCAGCAAGGAUGGUAAUUCAGCAGCCUCCAGUUCUGGUUAAUGCUGUACAGUCCAACCAGUGGAGCUCUGGCAUAUGUGACUGUUGUAAUGAUAUAGGGGAAUGCUGCUGCGCGUUCUGGUGCUUCCCGUGCUAUGCCUGUAAGGUAUCCAAGGACCAUGGGGAGUGCUUGUGUCUCCCUCUGUUGGAUUUCCUAGGCUUUAUACCACCUGUGUCCUUAGCCAUGAGGGUCUCCGUUCGUCAGCGCUAUGGUAUCACGGGCUCUAUUUGCAACGACUGCUUGUACUCUGUAUUCUGCACCGCCUGCUCCUGGUGUCAGAUAUCACGUGAGAUGAAGGCCCGACAACAGCUUGUCGUCUUCACCGGUGCUACCCAUAAAUAACUGUUUCAAUGUGAGAUGUUUAUUGGUAUUGAAUGCAAUGAAAGUGCCUUUUCUCUCGGCUCCUAGUGACCUCAGCAAAUUUGAUGAGAUUCAAAGGGUCACCUAUAAUCACUGGAUCUGGACUGUUUAACUGUACGUUAACCCAGGAGCCACAGUGGAUACUACUUUUCAUUAUAUUAGCCUCCUUAGGGAUUAACAGGUAUGAUGAUGUCAAACUGUAAAAGUCAUGAAUUAUGACUUUAAAAUGUAAGGUUGAUUACAGCUGGAAAGUAAGCAUAAAUAUGUUUCUGCAAUGUAUUAUUUCCACCUGUACCAUUUAAACAAAUAAGCCACAUGAUAUGCCAGUUUAAAAAAAAUAAACGGUGGUAAGCCAUGGUGUGAUAUCUCUAUCUACCAUGCACUUAAUGAAUAAUUUUAAAAACAGAAUGGGCAAAAAGAAUGAGGUGAUGAGAAGCAUUAAAGUGAACUGGUUUCCAGCAAUUUAUGUCUGUGAUAUUUUUGUGUUACUGAAAAAACAAAGCAUCAGACCACAUUUACGAAGAACUGUCUUCAUUAUAGUUUGAUAAAGAAAAUGGAGCAAUGGUUUGGUGUUUGUACAAUUUGACUUUAGUGACAAUGAAAAGAAUCUUGUCUACAAACAAUAUCUCAGUUUACUCUUUGCAUCUGAAAUUCAACGCAUUUGUCAGUAAUUAUCUGUAAAGUCCCAGAUAAAAUAAAAU